AUGGCACUUCUGACCUUGGCGCGACCCCAAUUGCUCAGGACUCUCCGACCAAGGGCGUAUGGUCUUGGUUCACGAUCGUUAUACGGGCGGGCGACCGAGUUUCUUCAAAAUCAUGACCCCGAUCUAUCCGAAUCUCAGCGAAUGGUGCGACAAGAAAUUGCCAAGAUAUGUUCGGAUUUUCCAGAUAAUUAUUGGGCCAAGGUGGACGAGACGCACCAGUUUCCGACCGAACUGUAUGAGGCGUUGGCAUCCCAGGGCUGGCUGGGCAUUUGCUUGCCACAACGAUAUGGAGGUUCUGAGCUGGGAAUUUCAGAAGCCGCAGUGAUGAUGCAGACCAUUGCAGAGUCCGGGGGAGGGAUGACUGGUGCAUCUUCUAUCCAUAUGAACAUCUUUGGUCUUGAGCCAGUUGCCAAGUUUGGGACCGACGAACAGAAAGAACGAUGGCUCACUCCGCUCAUUGCUGGUCGCCAUAGGGCAUGUUUUGGGGUCACGGAGCCCAAUACGGGCUUGGAUACGUUGCAGUUGCAGGCCACAGCGCGUCGAUCUGGCACUGGCUACGUAUUAUCCGGGCAAAAGAUCUGGAUUUCGACGGCGCAGAGAGCGGACAAGAUUCUGAUUCUCGUGCGUACGACACCACGCGACCGAGUGAAAAAGCCGUCCCAGGGUCUUUCACUUUUCUACACUGAUCUACAGGUUCCUCAGGUCCAAAUCACCGAGAUCCCCAAAAUGGGCCGCGCGGCCGUGGAUACCAACUCCCUGUUCUUCGAUGAUUGGCAUGUCCCGGAGGUGGACCGGGUGGGACAAGAAGAUGAAGGAUUCAGGAUGAUUCUCCACGGGAUGAAUGCAGAGAGAAUUCUGAUCGGCGCAGAGGCACUCGGACUCGGCUUUGCAGCGCUGCGUCGUGCAGCCUUAUAUGCCAACGAGCGGCAGGUAUUUGGGCGACCGAUCGGGCAGAAUCAAGGGAUCCAACAUCCUCUGGCCGAUAGCUGGAUGAAACUGGAAGCAGCGCGUAUGAUGAUCUAUCAGGCGGCCCGGCUUUAUGAUCAAGGCUAUACUGAUGGUGAAUAUGCUAACGCUGGCAAAUAUCUGGCUGCCGAGGCUGCCUUCGAAGCCUGUGAGCGAGCCAUUUUGGCCCAUGGAGGGAUGGGAUAUGCGAAGGAAUAUCAUGUCGAACGGUAUCUUCGAGAGGUCUUCAUUCCUCGCAUUGCCCCGGUUAGUCGAGAGAUGAUUCUAAACUACGUAGGAGAGCGAGUGCUGGGUCUUCCCAGGUCUUACUGA